AUGGAUGGAGUAAAUAGUUCAAAUGGUGAAUGUAGAGGAAUUGAAAAUCAAGAUACUAAUAUACAGGAAACUAAAAUUCUUACUCCAAUAAAAAAAGAAAAUGAAAAGUUAUCUAGGAAAAGGAGACAUUCUUCAUGUGAUAAUAGUACAAUAAAAAAAAUAAGAAAGAAACAAGUAGAGGAACAAGAAAAAGAAGUCAAGCCUAAUACUAAUGAAGCGUUUGAAGAUUUAAUGACGACUUUUGCCGAUGAUUUUACUGAUGAUGACAAGGAUUUACCAUUGGAAACUGUUGAUGAAAAUAAGAAAAUCAAACCAAAUACUGAUGAAGCAUUUGAAGAUUUAAUGUCUACAUUUGCUGAAGAUUUAGAAGGUAAAAAAAAAGAAGCACCAAAUUUUUGUGAUAGUAAGGUGAAUAAUAAAGUUGAAAACAAAAAAACAUUAGAAGAAAAGAAAAAAGAAAUGGUUCGAAAUAUGAAGAAAGCUUCAGAACCAGACUUUCCAUCUUAUGAUCCAUUUUUUGGUAUUCGUAUAAAAUCUCCCAAAAUAGAAAAUUCAAUUUUUGAAGUUAUAGCAAAAGAUAUGCAUAAGGUAUUAGUUAAGGACAUCAAAAAAACAAAUGGACAUUGUAAUGAGGAUUAUGUAACAAUGGGAGUAAUAAUUGAAAAAAGUGAGUGUAAAGUAAGUGGUCAGGGUAAAAAUUAUGUAAUGUGGAAAAUUAAUGGUUUUCGACAUCUUCAUGAAUCAUCAGUAAAAGUUUUGUUAUUUGGAGAUUGUUUUAAAAGUCAUUGGAAAUUACAACAAGGUAUGACGGUUGCAAUUGUCAAACCAACUCUUGGUAAUGAUGAUAAAGGAAAAGAUAAUUUGACAACAUUAAUGUUAACAAAAGAUACUCAAGUUAUUGAAUUAGGUUUUUGUAUUGAUUUUGGUAUUUGUAAAUCUAUGAGAACAGAUGGUAAACCAUGUUCAAAUGUUGUAAAUACCAUGAAUUCACUUUUUUGUGCCUAUCAUUUAGAAAAAAAUGCACAAACAAUUGCUUCAAGAAGGGGUACAUUUAAUUCAAUGUAUUCACAACCUAAUGUUAAGAUUCAAAAACAAAAAUUGAAUAAUUGUCAUGCAUCACCGAUAAAAAAAAUUUCAAGUACAUUUUCUACCUCUAUAUGCCCUGUUCGAAAAAUUAAUGGUCAAUUACCAAAUAAAGAUAAUAUACAUUUAUUAAAAGAACACCAAAAACAAGACAUACUUAAGAAUGCUUUAAAGUCUGCCUCUUGUAGUCUUAAUGCUAGAGCUAUACUUAAGAAACAAAAAGAAAAAGAAGAGGGAGGAAUUAAUGCUACGGGUAAAAAGAAAAAAGAUAAUGUAGAAAUUUUUAUUUCAAAAUUACGUGAAGAUGAAACAAAAAGAAAAAAUGAAGCUAUGAAUAGACCAAUGAUAGGGCGUUCUUUUAAGGCUCAAUUAAUAGCAUUAAUGAAUGCUGAUAAAGAAAAAGAAAAAGAAAGUAGAAAAAGGCCUUCUACAACUAACAUAAGUACUUCAAAACCAAAAACUUCACGUCCAACAUUAUUAAGUGGAAAAGAUUUUUCAAAUGAUGAAAUACGCCUUAUGCUUAAUAAAAAAUUACUACAUGAGGAUGAAGUAAAGGCUAUUGAAAAAGAAAAGGAAGAGAGAUAUUUCAGUAUUAUGGAGUCAAGAGAAAAAAUUGAAGAAGCAGCAACUUCAUUGAUGGAGAUUAAAAAUGUCAGAAUAUUUACAUGUACUAUUUGUAAAAUAAAAUAUCAUAAAAAAAAUCCCAUUUGUAUUGAAAAAAAACAUUUUAUAAAAGAAGAAAUGGGUACAAGAAGAUUUUUUAAAUGUAAUGAUUGUUGUAGACGUUGCAUAACAUAUUUUGUCUAUCCAAGAACAUUUUGUGCCAAUUGUAAAGGUAGAAAUUUUGUCAGAGUUGGUAUGAAAGAUGAAAGGGUUGUAAAAGAUAGGGAGGAGUUACUUGUACGUGGUAAAGAGGAAAAAUUUAUCAAUAGGUAA